AACAGCUGUUCGAUUGAUAAACUCUACUAAUAGGUUAUAAAACACCCCAGAAUUCGGCAGCAUUUAUUAAACUCCUCAAAAAAUGCAAAAGAAACGUAUUAGCACCUCAAGUCUGCUUGAUAAAUUGCAUCGCGGUGCCGUCUACACCUGCUUAGGUAUCACACUCUAUGGUACCUUCUUGUUGGGUAUGAGGGGAUGGCGUUACUACACUGUGGUUCGUCCAGAAAGGCAGCAGGCGGAUCUCAAGAUGUUGGAAGAGGGAGCUCCAACACAGAACAACGAUACAGCAAAGGAACUAAAAUGUUGAAUCUAAAUAAUUUAUUUGUUGGCUGUUGCUUUUUAAGUUCAUAAUGAUACUAAUAAAUAAUGAUUACUUUAAUAUAAAGUAUUAUAAAUUAAACUAA